UUUGGAAUUCCAAUAUGGCAGAGGCUUUGGUCAGUCUUCCUCUCACUAACUUGGAAUGGUUUCAAAUCGCAAGCAGUCGCGUUUAACCCGAGCACCCAUUCAUCAAGCAUAUCCACUGGAUCGAUGUUACUAUAAUCUCUGAAGCUACCCUGUCAUAUAUACAGGCGUAAAGAAGACAUGAUCACUAGCACCAGUAUUUAUGGCCUAAAGAUGCAGUGGACCCCAGAGCAUGCGCAGUGGGCCGAGCAGCACUUUGAUAUCUCCUCCACCACCCGCUCCCCUGCACACAAAGUGGAGGCCUACCGGGGGCACCUGCAGCGCACCUACCAGUAUGCUUGGGCAAACGACGACAUCUCUGCACUCACCGCCUCCAACCUGCUGAAGAAAUACGCAGAGAAGUACUCUGGGAUUUUAGAGAGUCCGAGUGAAAGAGCACUGCUCUGCUCGUAUUCCGAUGGCACGCCUGGACUCCUCAACGGACGUAAGUCAGAGAGUGAGUCCUGGCAGGAGGGGAUUUACUCAAUGAACUGCGGUCCAGAUGUUAUAUCUGUGAACAAAGCUGGAAUGACAGCUGCCCUUCCCCCUACAGACGUGUCGGCCAACAUAGGUAGCACCCCAGGGGUGGCCAGCAGCCUGAACGAGCCCAGCUAUUCCAGAAGUAACUGUGGGAGUCACACGACCACCAGUCUACACUCGGGCCUGUCCUCUCAGGAAUACGCUACGGGCUACAAUGGCUCCUACCUGCACUCUAGUUACAGCGGGCAGACCACCCCAGGCCUCCCCUCUCAACACCCUUCUCCUAUGCACAGUGCUGGUCUCAUACAACCCCCUCCUCCACCUCCCACUACUCUAGUGCCCAGCUACAACGUGGGGUCUCCCAACCUCUCCAACUACAAUUAUCCUCCGACGGGGUAUCCCUCACAGACAGUUAUUGCCCCUGGCUAUAGCCCUGGGGGGGGCCCACCACCCUCUUCUUAUCUGCCAUCCAGCAUUGCAGCUCCCACACCCCUACCCCCCUCUACACUCUCUGGCUAUACCUACCAGUCCCAUAACCAUGCACCAAUUACACCAACACCUUUGAAUGGCAGCUCAGCCAACUCAUUGAAAAGAAAAGCUUUCUACAUGACAGGGCAUGGAGAUAUGGACUCUAGCUAUAGUAAUUUCAACUACAAUCAACAGCGCUCCUCACAAAGCCCUAUGUACAGAAUACCAGACAACAGCAUCUCAGACUCAAGCAGAGGGAAUGGAUUUGACAGGAAUGCUGAUCCGUCAUCUUUAGCGUUUAAGCCUACAAAGCAGGCAAUAUCCUCAGAUCAGCAAAGAAAAUUUAGCAGUCAGUCUGGCAGAGCACUUACCCCUCCCUCCUAUGGAUCAACCAAAAGCUCUGUGGGAAGCCUGAGAUCAGGUGAGUCCUUUGGAAAGUUUGGAUCCCCCAUCACGGGCGAGCAAAGUGAAGAGCACCUCUCCCAUUCCAUUACAGGUUCGGACAUUGGCAGAGCUACCUCAUCCAGCCACGUUGCAGAGGAGCAGCUGAAGAACAGCGAUGCCAACGUGGUGGAGUUGGUCACCACAGAGAUCCUUCAGCCCGGUCCCCCAGUGGACUGGAGUGACAUAGCUGGUCUGGAGCUGGCCAAAGCAGCCAUCAAAGAAGAGAUUCUGUGGCCCAUUUUGAGGCCAGACAUGUUCAGUGGACUUCCCACAUUACCUCGGAGCCUCCUUCUCUUCGGACCUCAGGGAACAGGCAGAACACUGCUGGGCCGCUGCAUGGCCAGCCAGCUGGGGGCUGCCUUCCUGCAGCUCAGUGGCUCAGCCCUGGUGACCAAGUGGCUGGGGGAGGGCGAGAAGAUUGUCCAGGCCUCCUUCCUGUUGGCCCGGUGUCGCCAGCCCUCAGUUGUGUUCAUCAGUGAGGUGGACAUGCUUCUAUCGGCCCAUCUCAGUGAGGAGAGUCCGGUGAACAUGAUCCAGAGCGAGCUCCUCAUGCAGCUGGACAGUGUGCUGACCACAGCCGAGGACCAUGUCCUAGUGGUCUGCUCCACCAAUAAGCCUGAGGAGAUCCAAGAUUCCCUGAGGAGGUACUUCACCAAACGGCUCCUCAUCCCCCUACCUGACAACACAGCACGGCGCCAGAUAAUCAGCCAACUACUGUCACAGCACAACUAUUGCCUCAGUGACAAAGAGGUGUCACUGCUGGUCCAGCGGAUGGAAGGCUUUUCAGGACUGGACGUGGCCCAGCUGUGCCAGGAGGCAGUGGUAGGACAGCUCCAUGGCAUCCCAGCUUCUGACCUCUCAGUCAUCCAUCCCAGCCAGAUGAGACCAGUCUCCUACCAAGACUUUGAAAAUGUAUUUAGCAAAUUCCAGCCCAGUAUAUCACAAAAAGAAUUGGAUACAUACACCGAAUGGAAUAAAAUGUUUGGUUGUAGUCAAUGAAACUGAAGCAUUAGAACAUGUGGGUAGGAAACCCCUUUAGAGGUUUACCAUUUAGAAUUCUCUCCUCAGUAAACUAGGCAAGGGAAAAUUACAGAUAGUGGUGACCUUAACACCUGCAGUACAGUAAAGGCAUAGGACUGAGGGAAGCAAAGGCUCGCUUUAGACAACAGCUGGCAAUCUGCACACAACAUAGAGAACCAUUAUUUUGACGCUUGAUACUGCUGAAGCCAAGCAUCACCUCCCAAGGUGCGAGCGGGUCCAUUUUUCCAUUACAUUUUAGUCAUUGAGCAGACACUCUUAUCCAGUGACAUACAUUUUUGUACUGGUCCCCCAUGGGAAUUGAACCCACGACCCUGGUGUUGCAAACACCAUGCUCUACCAACUGAGCCACACGGGACCUAGAGACUGUAGGGUAGAGUUUAACAGAAUGGAACCUCUGUGUGUAUAUAUCGUUCUGCUGUUCUUGAGAUUUAGUUUCUAUCAAGUGCCUGAAGUGGUGCUCUUUUAUUUUAUGCUAUUAUUUCUUCGCCUCACAAUCUACUUUGGUGGCAUGUGCUAAUACAAAAAGCUUUAAUAUGAGACAAAAACUUUUUUUGAAAUGCUUUUUUCCAUUGAAACACUAUUCCUCAACGGUGUCUGCUUUGCGGUCUCUGUGAUCAGAAGAAAGUAUGUGGUAUUGGUAAUCUGAACCCUAAUUUAUAGACAUCAUUUCUUUUGAUGUUCUCUUUUUUGAAAACUCAGGACAGUGAUUGUGAUAUGUGCAGUACCUCUAAAGAUUUAGUCAAAGCAUGACAUACUGCUAAGAGCAUUUGGCUUGCUUUUGAAUUUGCCUUAUCUAAAAGGAGGGUUAAGGUACCUCAAUAGGCUACAAAUUGACAAGAGUAUGACUUUGAAUGUACCAGAGGAAUUCUGGAGUAUUUGGAAGACAAAAGGAGGAGUAUUGUGUAUUUUCUUUGCGAUUUUCUAAGCGAAGAAUCCCAUUGUGAAUAUACUGUAGUUGUAUUUGAUAUGUGGGAAGGAUGUAGGAAUAAUGUUUCUUAAAUUCUAUCAACUAUAACACAUUCGACUGGCCUUGAUCCAGAGUACAUGAACACAUUUGAGUUUUUUUGUUAAACUUCAUCUGUAGGAGGAAGCAUAACAUAUGUAUUCGUCGAACAUUAUCAGCAGCUUCAUUUUGUAUCUCAUCUGCAGUUAACACUGCCAGGCCUCUUGCGGCAGAAUAAUGGCAAGACGCAUUUGCUGAAGACAAGCAUCAUGGGGUUGAACAGACAGCUUCCCAAGGUAUUUAAUCCCAUUCCGCUGCUGUUUUAUCAUUAAUAAAACCUAAGAAUUAUGUACGCCAUAAGUUAUUUUUCUACCUCAGUUGAUUAGUUUUCUCUGAAAGCAAAAUCUAAGAGAAUGGAUAGAUGACAGAGCUUGUUUUGCUUAUUAAACUAUGAAGCCUAUUGAGGGAACAAAAAAUGCUGCCUAUCUGUCAACAAAAUCAGCUUGUGUUAGUGUUACGCAUUCAGUGUACUCCCCAUUCAUACACACCUAUGUUAUAGACUAUUCAGUUCUCAGAGCAUGUUGGUCUUGAAAAGGGGGUCUGGGGACGUGUGUGGCCCAUUAGCCCUGUCUUUGAGCCCUUCUUUAAGUGUCAUUUCUUACAGCUAGGCUUUUAUUAUUAACUAUCAGUGUUUAGUAAUAUGCCAGAACAGAGGCAAUGGCGACACAGAGGUCUGCCAACUGCAUGAAAGAGCCUUGCAUUGAAUGUAUUUUUUAAUUUUUUGUUUGUUUACUAAAGCAGUAUUGAAACUGUUGCAAGGCACUAGUACAGUGGAAGGGAUGCCACCAGAUACAGUACCACUGAACGUGUUAGUAGUACAGUGCAGGUGCACUGAGGGAUCUUGCGUUUAUGUUUACAAGAAAUUCAAUGUGGUAUUUCACCAAUUUUUAUUUCUUAUAUUUACACAUUUCUCUGCUCUUACUCAGCUUAUUUUGUUUCUCUCCAAAACAUGCACUGAUACAAUUACAAAAGCUAUUUGUUCAAUAACUGCACUUACUGAGAAACAGGAGGCCGUAGAAUCACUGAUCGUCCAUGACAGUUCCCUGUUCUGGUGUAGUCUCAAGACAAAACAUUCACCUGGCUUUGUUAAAAAAGCUUUGAACUGCUUUUUCAUGAACGCUAUUACAAAGAAUAACAGCUGCACAAAGAAACAACACUGCAAUUUAAUAAAAAAAUAAUAAUAGCUGCAUUGAUGAAUAUCCCAUGAAUCUAAAUCUAUACUAAAUCUGCUUGUUUUAUUGUAUUUGAUCUUUGUGUCUUAUAUUGCUAUAUGGCUUUUAUUGCCUUAGAUACAAGCAUAGGAUAAAAGUCCCCUGAAGUUCAAGUGUAGUUCACCAAGUGAAAGCUUUGUUCUGUCAUACAAAAAUUUGUUAGUAAGCCUCUCUUGAUGCCAAAGUGAAAUCAACAGUUUUAUUUUGACAUAAGCUCAUUAACCUCAAAAUGGCAAUUAUUUCUUUAACAGGGACUUAAGCAGAUUUGCUUGUGCAAGUAGGACACAUUCAUGAAUUUAAGGGAAACAAUUCAAUGUAAAGAAAAUAGCUUUUGAACAAGUUAUACAUUAUUACACUACAUUACACUAACGAUAAGAGCAGUAGAACAGGGAAAGCAAAGCGAUCAGAAAAAAAUGGCACCACAUUCAAACACAUAUGAUACUCUUUCUUGAGGUUAAGGAUGUUCACUGAAGUAAGUAAUUCAGUCUGGGGGACAACAAUGUGAAGGAUCGGCCUAUAUAGGAAAAUAUGUGCAACAAAGUAGCUAGGUUGAUAAGCACUUUUAUUUCCCUCAUUUCUGACAAUGUUAAAACAAAUUCAGAUAGAAGUAUAGUUAUAGAUCUGUCCUUCUCAUUGAAAGCAAGUCUAAGAAGUGGUACAGUAGAUAUGUUCAAUGUGCGCUAUUUCUAUGCUUCCCAUGCUUAUGUUUUGUUUUUGUGUCUUUUACUUUCGGUUUUGUACACCAGCUUCAAACAGCUGAAAAUACAAUAUUUUGGUUAUGGAAACAAUAUUUCACAGCGGUUUAGAUGGUACAAUGAUUCUCUACGCUAUACUUGCUUGUUUUGUCGCAUAAACUGAAAUUAGGCAAACUAUUAGAAUUCUAGCAACCAAGAAAUGGCAGAGCGAUUUCUGCAUAGUGCAUCUUUAAUCACUUGAAUUUUGUUUUCCAUACUCUAUCAGUGUCCCCUCUGGGUGGGUUUUGUACAGAACUGCUAUAAAUGUUAGCUUCAUCUUUAUGUAGUCUUAUCCGUUUUAUAUUUAAAUGUUGUUCUUUAUAACCAUUUCUACCUCAUUGCUACAUAUUGUACAUGUAGUACUUAUGUUCUGUCUUUUUGAAUGUCAUGCAUUUGUACAAAAAAAAUAAAAAAUCUAAAAUAACAAAAAUGAUUAUAAAAAUAAAAUUAAAUGAACAGCUUGCCCUUGAAUUUGAACAGUCUACCUCAGAAAGACUGAACAGUAUUAAUAGCAAAACUGAUAAGACACAUUUAUGAGUGUGAAGGUGACGAUAAUGCACACACACUUGAGAUACUGACUUCUAUGGGCUAUAUAAGUACUCAUAAUGCCACAUUUCUGCAAGUAUAUUGUGGGCUGUAUAGGUCUUCUCCAAGGUCUCUAAUGCAAAAUCUGUUUUUAAACUAUGACUCGCUUUAAUCCUUUGUGAAUUGUUGUGGUGCGCAUGUUAAUGUGUAUGUGUGUGCACUUACAAUUGAACGUGUAAGUGUGAGGGGGUUAACAUUAAGAUAUGUGAAAUUCAAAUGGAUACAUUUCAUACACAUGUACAGGAAAUAAACUUGCACAUAUGUGUACUCAAUGUA